UCAAAUUAAUUUACUAGUUGAAAAUUUUUGAAACAUGGCCAUCAAAAACUCAAGGGCUCAAACACAAACCCUCUUCUCUAUUCUCGUGCUCAUUAUUUCCUUCCUUGCGUUGGUCCACAACGUUAAAUCAGUUUCUUUCUCAUUCCCUAGUUUUGGCUCCUACACAAACGACAUCACCCUCCAAGGCGAUGCCUAUGUCAAUUCAGAAGGCGCCAUAAAGCUCACACCUGUUGCCCCCAACAGCGUUGGUAGAGCGUCCUACGCUGCACCCGUGCACCUUUGGGACGCCAAAACCGGCAAGCUCGCCGGUUUCAACACAACCUUCUCCUUCGUCGUUAUGCCGAAUGUUCCUGGACUCUUUGGCGACGGCAUCGCCUUCUUCCUCGCACCGUUCAACUCCAACAUCCCCAACAACUCAAGUGGUGGAUUCCUCGGACUCUUCAGCCCUAACUAUGCCCUAAAUGUAUACAAAAACCAAAUAGUGGCCGUUGAAUUAGACUCUUUCAGUGGGAACCCCUGGGACCCUCCCUCUGCCCAUGUGGGCAUUGAUGUUAACUCCAUUGCUUCGGUGGCGACGAGAAAAUGGGAAACUGGAAAUGCUGUGAAUGGAUUUGUUGCAUAUGCGAAUUUGAACUAUGAGCCCGUUGGCAAGAGUUUAAACGUACUUGUAACAUACCCUGGAAGCAAAGUGAAUGCGACUAGCCUCUCGUUUGUGAUUGAUUUGAGAACUGUUCUGCCAGAAUGGGUUACAGUUGGGUUCUCAGGUGCCACAGGACAAUUGGUUGAAAUACACAAGAUUUUCUCUUGGACCUUCACGUCUAGCUUCUAUUAAAACAGUUAUGCCCCACUAUGGUCUAUGGCAUAAAAAGAGGGAGAUUCAUGAUAUUUUUAAUAAAAAAAAGUCUAAUGUUGUUUACUUUUUUAUUUGCUUACUAGUGAUGUAUUCUUAAUAAAUUUAAUGUUUAAUGAAAUUGAA